UUCAAAACUAAUUGUAUAUUUUAAUUUUUUCUUCGAUAAAACUACUAACCUUCUUUUAUCAAUAGAUUUUUCAUAGUAACCAAAUUGUUAACAAAUGAAAGAAUAACUUGACUAUUACAGCAACAGGUAAAAAUGAAUUUUUUUAGCAAAAUGCACAUUGUUUUACUUAGAAUAAUAAUUUCAAAUGUUAUUAUUGUUUAUACUAAUGAUGAAUUGAGUCAGAAUACUGAAAAUCAACAAUAUAUCACUAUUAAUGAUUUGAAUAAACUCAUCAGGGAGUAUCCUGCAUUUCUGCAGUUGACAUUACAAAAACAAGAUUAUUACACAGGAAAAGAUGUACUUCGUUGUCCUAUGCCUUACAACGAAAAUACUAUAAUAGAUGAUAAUGAUGUUGUGCAUUCUAAGUAUUUCAACCCUAGAGAAUGUAAAAAACCUUGGACUUGGACACAAAAAAAUGAAAUAGAUGUUCCUGUGUCCAUUGAUGAUACCAUUGGUAAAAAAUUAGGAAAUAUUAUUAAACCGUGUAUUAAAAACAAUACCAAUAUUAUCCAAUGUUAUACACACUAUCUGAAUGUUAUGGAAAGCGUUGGUUUAACAUUAGUAGACAGAUAUUGUUUGUUUGAACUUGAAGUUUGGGCAAUGCUUGAAAAAUUGGAGACAAUGAUCAAUAUUGGAACUGGGAUAUUACUUCUGAUUGCAAACCUGACGACACUUUAAUAAUGAACACGCAAUACAUAAAUACUGUACUAGGAUUAAAUCUAUUUCCGAACAAGGAACAAAAAUAAUUUACCAAAAAAAAAUUUGAUGACCAUUCAAUACUAUUUACACAAUAUGGAAACAAUUAUUUGACAUUAUAUCUUUUUGCUUUUAACAAAAAUAAAUAAAUUAAAACAAAUUGUUCUUUAAUUUGGUUUACGAAUCGAUUGAUCUAUUUCUUGAUGUCUGUUCGCUCCACACGCGAACUCGUAUAUAGCACGCGCUCACUCGGUUGUCCUUCCACUCACCUUUCUUAAAACACCCAGACGUUGGGAGUCAUCGGCCAGUGAUCAUUGCCGGUCGAUACGUGUAUAAAUAUAUUAGAGUACGUAUUAUUAAGUUAAAUUUUUGUCUACCGUACGAAUUAGUAAAAAUUAUGUGUCACGUUGUGCUAAAGUAAAAUUUGUUAAAAGUUUUGUUUUUGUAAUUAGCCAUACUUUAGCAUAAGUAAUAUUAUAUUAUAUUAGUAGUAUAUUUUGGUGAUUAGUUUUGGUUGAAAUUAUUUAAGUCACAUGGAUGAGUUUUGUAACUUUGGCAUUUUAUUCUGUGUAAUUAUUGUAAAUUGUUGAAGAUUCUAUUCAUUGUUUUGUUUGUUGUGGGAUCAUCUAAGGCAGGGGUGGGCAACUGGCGUCCCGCGCUACAUCUUCAAAUUGCAACAUACAAUUUUAAAGUUUAUCUACAAAAGGGAUUGACAUAAGCUUUGGAAAAAAUUACCUAUUCUAAAAUAUCCACUUUUACGAGAGUUCGCUUUAAAAAUGUUAUCCAUGUUUGGGACUACUUACAUUUGUGAAUGUACAUUUUCAAACAUUAAACAUAUUAAAUCAAAUCAUAGAAAUCGACUUACAGAUGAAACUUUAAGUCACCUAAUUUGUGUUUCUUCUUCCGAAAUAGAAGUCGAUUUUGCCGCAUUGUCAUUAGAAGUCACCCAUGCUCAAAACUCACACUAAACAAAUAUCUAUUUAUAUUUAAUUAAAUUAUUUUAAUAACCCUUUUUGUAUUAUUACAUUAUAAACAGAAAAUGCUAAUUAAAAUGUACAUUUUUUUUUUUGUUUUCUAUGCUCUGGCCCGCUAGAUUUUAAUUUUUUAAAAGUUGGCCCUCUAGUAACUUUGAGUUGCCCAUCCCUGAUCUAAGGUAAUAAAAAUAUUUUAGUUUGAGUAUAUAAACUACGCAUGGUUGAAUUAAUGAAAUUAUUUAAGUCACACAGAUGACAACUAUAGUCAAUUUUUAACUCGGAAAUCUCACUAAUAUUUUAAGUGUGUAUUAAUUAUAGAUUUACUACUAAUUAUUUAUAUUGAACAUUCUUUGUAUUUGUAUUUAUGCGUAUUUACUAAAAAUCACAUUUAUUGAUAUUGAAA